GCAUAACGUGAUAUCAUAAGUCUAUAUAGAUAGAUAUAUUAACAUAGAAGAAUUAUUCAUAAAGUGUAGUGCAUUUUUCUAUUAAUCUUUCUAUCAAACACUUAAUUGUUUCAUUCAUUUCUUUUAUUCAUCAUUAAACUAUUUGUUUAUUAUUUAAUCAUUAUAAAAGAAAUUCUUUUAAAAAAAAGAAAAGAAAAGAAAGCGAGAAAAAAGAGAGAAAAAACAAAAAAAACACAAUCAUUGUAAGAAUAUUUAUACUGUAUGUAUAUACAUAUAUAUAUACAGAGUUUAUGCAUAAAUAUGAAACAAAUCAUUGAAAUUAUUACUUUUCUGAUUUUAUGUUCAAUGGUUGAAUAUAUACCAGUUGGUCAAAGUGUUUCAUUAAAACAGUUUGAUCCAGAUAAUGAAGCACUUAUUAAUGAAUAUUUUUCAUCAGAAAAAGUCGAUGAAGCUGCUGAACAUUGUUUACGUUUAAUUGGUAGUAAAACAAUUGUAUCACAUAAUAAUCAUAAUUAUAAUAAUGAUGAAAAUGAUUUAAGUUAUACAACACGUAAAUUAAAAUGGAGACAUUGUAUUCUCAAAGAAUUAGAUCGUAUUAAUCGUGGUUUAUUUUCAUGGAAUAUUGGUUCAUUAUUUAAUUAUAAUAAAGAUAUGAAUACGAUAGAAUAAAUUCAAUAAAUAGAUUAUCAUUAAACAAAUUGAAACAUCAAAACAAAAAAUGAAACCAUAGAAACAAAAAUACUUUAAAAGAGACUAUAUUCCUUUUUUCAACCUCAAUUACAAUAAUAAUAAUAAUCAUAAUAAAUAAAUGAAGAUACUACUUGUAAAAUUGUAAUGAAUUUUAUACCUGAU